AUGUAUGAUGUUGAAUCUUAUCUACACAAACAAAUUGAUGAUUCUUGGAUUGCAUUACUUGUCAUAGCAAUUCUAAUAUUAAUUUCAUCGAUUAUUACCAUCACUGUUUUAUGUCUUCUUUGGCGCCGUCAUCAACAACGUGCGCAAGUGACAAGUGAAAAUUCUUUUUUAAAUAAUAAAUCAAACCGCAAUCGACCAUUACCAGUGCAACAAUUCAAUCCUCGUCAAUCGAGACUUUAUGAAACACAAAAACUGCAAGUUUUUAUACCGCCUAGUAUGGAUGAUACAACAGAAAGAAGUUUAGACGUAAUUCAUACACGUUUCAAACCUCGAAAUGAUAGUCAAUAUGUACAUCAAUUCUGUCCAAGCACAACAAAAGCUUAUUUCUAA